AGAAAGCGAGAGAGAGGAAAAAGAGGAAAAUCCUGCUUGUAUUUUCCAUCGCGCAGAGGGGACGCGGCUGACGCGGAGAAGGGAGCUGGAGGGCAGAAAAUAGGAGGCUGGUAUCUGUGUGCAUGCUGGCUGCAGGGUGCGGCAGUCAUGGUGCAGAGGUGAGAGUUAAUCCACAGUUGGUCAGUUACACUCCUGCAAUGCAUCAGCAUCAUGAUAACCCAAAUCCUACCCACGCUGCGAUAACUUUCUAUGUGUCACCAUGGUGAGAGACACUCCUGGACCUUGAAACUGUUACCAUGGUGACCUUGUAGUAAGACCUCUGUAACUUCAGUCUGUUGCCGUGCUGAUCCCAUAAAAAGAUCCAGGUAGCUUCUUCAAUCCGCUGCCAUGGUGAUGUUGUAGAGACACCCUGUUGCUAUGGUGAUCCGGUAGCAAACGGCACCAGGUGUUCACUAUGGGAACGUCCAGGAUGUUCCGCAUUUUUGUAAUCCUGGGCUCAGCUUUCAUGAUCCUCCUGAUCAUCAUCUACUGGGACGACGUCGGGGCCUCUCACCUCUAUUUACACACUCCAGUCUCACCAGGUCCCAAAACCCCCCACCCGCCUCCACAGCCACGAACCCAAACCUCCCGAACCCCAUCCUUCCUGUCUGACAUCGAUGCCUUCGUUAACCAGUUCUUAGAGCCUGGAACUGGCGAGCCCACAGACCCUGUCCCCGUCGAAACAAGUAACCAGUCGGAUCGAACAGAAGAGCGCUACGUGCCACGGCGGGAGUGGAAGAUUCACCUGACACCUGUGGGAGCGGAGCUCCGUGAUAGACAGGAGCAGCGCCGGAGGUUGCUUCAGGAGGUUUGUGCCAAUGACAGUGUGUCGUUUCCUGGGAAAAACCGUUCCUUUGAUGACAUUCCUAACAAGGAGCUAGAUCAUCUUAUUGUGGAUGACAGACAUGGUAUUAUCUACUGCUACGUGCCGAAGGUGGCGUGCAGUAACUGGAAGCGGAUCAUGAUAGUUCUAAGUGAGAGCCUGCUGCAGGAUGGUGUUCCUCAGAGAGACCCGCUGUCCAUCCCCAGAGACCUAGUGCACAACAGCAGCAUGCACUUUACAUUCAACAAGUUCUGGAAACGCUAUGGCAAGUUUGCGAGGCACCUCAUGAAGGUGAAGCUGAAGAAGUACACAAAAUUCCUUUUUGUGAGGGAUCCAUUCGUGCGUCUCAUCUCUGCAUACCGGAAUAAGUUUGAAUUGCGCAAUGAGGACUUCUAUCGCCGUUUUGCACAAGUCAUGCUGCGUCGCUAUGCCAACCAGCCCACACCCCCUGCAGCUGUGGAUGAGGCAUUUGCUGUGGGCAUCCAUCCCUCCUUCUCCCACUUCAUCCAGUACCUACUGGACCCGCAGACUGAGAAGGAGAUGCCCUUUAACGAGCACUGGCGGCAGGUGUACCGACUUUGCCAUCCUUGCCAGAUUCAGUAUGAUUUUGUGGGCCACUUGGAGACGGCUGAGGAAGACGCCGAGCACCUGCUGCGCCAACUGCGGGUGGACAACGUGGUAGAGUUUCCUACCUCACAGAGGAACCUUACGACCAGCAGCUGGGAGGUGGAUUGGUUCAGCACAGUGCCUGUUGAAGCCCGGCGGGAACUCUACAAGCUGUAUGAACCGGACUUUAGGCUGUUUGGCUAUGAGAAACCCGACUCGAUCCUCAAUGAAUGAACUGACCCAGCAACAAAAAAGAGGAAGAAGGGGGAAAAAAAAAAUCAUAAAAUGACACCAUAGCAACGCCUCCCCUGAAUGUAGGAUUUUCAGAUGCACACUCCAGUUUUGACUGCCCUACACUGAUUGUAGAAAUGAUUAACUCAUCACACACUGAGGUGACUCACCUUUUUUGUUUUGCUAAUCAAAUUCAUCAAUCACCAAGAUGAAAAGCC